AUGCUCUUCUCAGCUUUGCUAAUCCUCAGCCUGCAUGUCACACGAGCGGCGGCUCUCUGGCCUCGUCCUCGCUCUCUCUCGACCGGCUCAUCCUUCAUCAGACUUGGCGACUCCUUCGAGGUCGUGGCCGAGCAGGGCGAGCUUGCGAAGGAAUUGGAGCGUAGACUCGCAAAGGCGAUCGCCCGCACCUCGCGGCACCUUCAGCACGACAGACUGAGGCGGCUCACUCCUGACAGAGGAGAGUCUGACCGCCCGCAGGUCGAGAACGCUCCGAUUCUCUCGCGCCUUUUCCUUUCGCUCAACUCGACUGUCGUCGGUACACUCGAGGACGAGGUCGUCAAUUUGUACACGCUCGACGAGUCGUACAGUCUAUCAGUACCCGCAGCGACCGACGCGACUUCGCCAACGGCAUCGGCGCACCUGUCCGCUCGCACGCUUGUCGGGCUUCUGCGAGGUCUCGAGACGUUCACGCAGCUUAUAUACUUCCUGCCUGCUGCGGACGAUGCUCUCGAUGGCUUGCGCUACAUUGCCAACGUACCGCUUCGGAUUGAGGAUCGGCCGGCUUUCCCGUACAGAGGCUUCAUGCUCGACACGGCACGAAACUGGUACCCGAUCGAAGACAUCCUCCGCACCCUCGAUACGAUGGCCUCGACCAAGGUCAACACCUUCCAUUGGCACAUCACAGAUCAGCAGUCCUUCCCGCUCGAGAUCCCGACCUUUCCAGACCUCGCAACAUUCGGCGCCUACUCAGCCGACCGAAUUUACUCGACGGUAGAUGUCGCCAAGGUCGUCGAGUACGGGCAAGACCUAGGUAUCGCCGUCAUGCUCGAGGUGGACAUGCCCGGCCACACCGCCUCGAUCGCGAACGCUUACCCUGAGCACAUUGCUUGCCUAGACGCACGUCCGUGGUCCACUUACGCAGCAGAACCGCCUGCAGGUCAACUCCGCCUGGGACGUCCGGACACCCUCGCCUUCUCUAAGCGAGUGCUGCAGGAUGCCGCCAAGCUUUCGUCCAGCGCUUUCUUCAGCUCAGGCGGCGAUGAGGUGAACAAGCGCUGCUACCUCGACGAUCCCGAAACCAGCGCCGCGCUCGAAUCUCGGAACUCCACCGUGGACGAGCUACUCGACGAGUUUGUGCGCGGUCUGCACGAGACGCUGGUCGAGUCGAACAAGACGCCGGUUGUUUGGGAGGAGCUCGUACUCAAGCAUGACUUAAGCCUCGCGAAGGAGACGGUGGUCAUGGUCUGGAUUGACUCGGCAAACGUGCGUGCGGUUGCGGACAAAGGUCACCGCAUUAUCCACGCUGCGAGCCACUACUUCUACCUCGACUGUGGAGCCGGCGCCUGGCUUGGUCGUUACGCCAACGGCACGUCGUGGUGCGACCCCUUCAAGACCUGGUCGAAGAGCUACUCCUUCGACCCGCUCUUCAACCUGACGAGGGAGCAGCAUGAGCUCGUCCUGGGUGGCGAGGCGCUCCUGUGGAGCGAGCAAGCGGGACCGGAAACUCUCGACUCGAUAGCAUGGCGCGUAUGGCUCGUUCUGCCACGCUCGCCUCGAGCAGCCGCGGCAGCAGAAGUGUUCUGGACAGGCGGAUCGGUGACAGAAGGGGAGAGGAGCGUUGGAGAGGCACUGCCGCGCCUGCACGAUUGGCGAUACCGCGCAGUACAGCGAGGUGUGAAGGCGAUUCCUCUGCAGCCUCACUGGUGUGCGCUCCGCCCAGGACAGUGCGACGUCGAGCUGUAA